AUAAAAAUGAAACUGGUAGUGUCCAACACGCCAUUAUCUUUCGCAAAGUCCACGGUUGUUAUACUACAAUAAAUUAAAACAAUAUAAAAAAGAAAAUGAAAUAUUCAAUUGCGUUCUUGUUCGUCCUUGUUGUGGCUUUGGUUCUCGUCGAAGCGAUACCUUCGAAAGGAUCCACUAAAGCGUCCUUGAAGAAAAAGCCAUGUCUGAAAGAGUGCGACGGCGUCGAAUAUAAACCAGUUUGUGGUGGGGAUGGUACCGGAAAGUCUGACAAGAGUUUCGGAAGCGAAUGUGUCUUGAAUAAUUAUAAUUGCGAAAACAAUCAAAAUCUCAAGGUAGUGAGCCAAGGAGAAUGUCCUGGAGGUGGAAGUAUCCGUCUACAAUAAGAAAGGAUCAAAACGAAACACUUUUUUUUUCUAAAUAAUUGGAUAUAUUUCAUACUAUUUGUAACAAUGAAAACAUUAUAAAAUGAUGUGUCACCUUUUCAGUUAUUAAAUAAUUGCUUAAAGUC